GGGAAAUCCUUCAGACAUUUUGGAUCAAAGCGGCGGAGCUGGACGCAGGAGGCAGCUCUCGGUUUCCCUGAGCUCCAGAGAAGAUGUCGACCAUGGUGUACCCGCGUGAGGAGAAGCUGGAGAAGCUCUCUCAGGAGGAGAUCAUCUCCAACACAAAGCUGGUGAUCCAGGGUCUGGAGGCUCUGAAGAACGAGCAUAACUCCAUCCUGCACAGCCUCCUGGAGACCAUCAAGUGCCUGAAGAAGGAUGAGGAGGCCAACCUGGUCCACGAGAAGUCCAGUCUGCUGCGCAAGUCUGUGGAGAUGAUCGAGCUGGGGCUGGGAGAAGCGCAGGUCAUGAUGGCUCUGUCCAACCACCUGAACGCGGUGGAGUCAGAAAAGCAGAAGUUACGUGCUCAGGUGCGGAGGCUGUGUCAGGAGAACCAGUGGCUGAGAGAUGAACUGGCCAACACUCAACAGAAGCUGCAGAAGAGCGAGCAGAGCGUGGCCCAACUGGAGGAGGAGAAGAAACAUCUGGAGUUUAUGAACCAGCUCAAGAAGUACGACGAAGAUGUCUCACCCACUCAGGAGGAGAAAGACAAGGAGACACCCAAGGACUCACUGGACGAUCUGUUCCCCAACGAUGAAGAGGAUCAGGGACAAGGAAUGCAGCACCAACACAACAGCGCAGCGGUGGCAGCAGCUCAGCAGGGAGGCUAUGAGAUCCCGGCCCGUCUCCGGACCCUCCAUAACCUGGUGAUCCAGUACGCCUCACAGGGACGCUACGAGGUGGCCGUGCCCCUCUGCAAACAGGCCCUGGAGGAUCUGGAGAAGACCUCUGGACACGACCACCCCGAUGUGGCUACCAUGCUCAACAUCUUGGCUCUGGUCUACAGAGACCAGAACAAAUACAAAGAGGCGGCCCAUCUGCUGAACGAUGCUCUGUCCAUCCGGGAGAAGACUCUGGGCAAAGACCACCCAGCGGUUGCUGCGACACUGAACAACCUGGCUGUGCUGUACGGAAAGAGAGGGAAAUACAAGGAAGCAGAGCCUUUGUGCAAGAGAGCUUUGGAGAUCAGAGAGAAGGUUUUGGGAAAGGACCACCCGGACGUGGCCAAACAGCUGAACAACCUGGCUCUGCUGUGCCAGAACCAGGGCAAGUACGAGGAGGUGGAGUACUACUACUGCCGCGCACUGGAGAUCUACGAGUGCAGGCUGGGACCAGACGACCCCAACGUGGCCAAGACCAAGAACAACCUGGCAUCCUGCUUCCUCAAACAGGGCAAAUACAAGGAGGCUGAGAUCCUCUACAAAGAGAUACUGACCCGCGCCCAUGAGAAGGAGUUUGGCUCUGUGGAUGAGAGCAGUGAUGAGCAGACAGUUCAAAAGUGGACCAUUUUCUAAGCAGUGUUUGACCAGAAGACCCAGAGCUACAGAAGAUAUAAUUAAAGAUUUCCUCUGCUUUUUUCCUGCAAUAGUUAAAUGUCCUCAGAAAAGUCAAGUUGAUGGUCAAUACAUGUAUAUAUUUUUAUCUUCAACUUUGGUUAAUUAAUGUUAAAUACGGUACUAACUUAUACAACAGUUCCUAGUUUCCGUUAACCUAGUUUAGACAAUGUCCCUGCCAUUUUUGUUUGUUUUUAAUAUAACAGUAGGUACUGAGGGGAAGUUAUCAUCCAUCUUGCGUAUUGUUGUUUAGUUCAUAGUUAAUGAUUCAUGAAGGGUUUACAUUAUGGUUUGUUCCAGUUUUUAAUUUCAAUAUUGAUUUACAGUUCAUCUUGUAAUUUCACUGUUAGGUCUUUUAUUUCAGAUGUAAUGUAUAUUUCACUCUUAAGCAUCUUAUUUUCAGUAUUGUUGUUUUUGAGCUGUAUAUUUUGGUUUA